UUUCCAUCCACAGCAGAAAAAGCUUCGUGUCUGCUUCGGCAGACUGGGGAUUGAGGGUUGAUGGCGGACAAGGUGCUCCUGAACGUGAGGACAGCCUUUGUGGAGCGUGUGAGCAAGCCAGUGAUCUCUGGGCUGCUGGACGACCUGUUGGCCCAAAGGGUGCUGAACCUUGAGGAGGUGGACGAGGUGCAGGAGAGAUACUCGGUGCGUGCCGACAAGGCCCGCUGCCUCAUCGACAGCGUGCGCCUGAAGGGCCUCAGGGCCAGCCAGGUCUUCAUCGACAGCCUCAGGAGACGCGAUGGCACCUUGGCGGAGCAGCUGGGUCUGGCCGCUGACUCAGGGCCCACCGGUGCGCAGCUGGCCUCCUCCGACACCAAGGCCCUCCUCCCUGAGCCCCCCGUUGGCGUCCAGGGCCAGCAGUGGAUCCGGCAGUGCUCCCUGAGCGAAUACCAGCACAUCAGGGACACACAGGGUGACCAGAUCUAUCCUAUCUAUCUGUCACGGGAGACGCGAACCCGUAGGGCCCUGCUCAUCUGCAACAUUGAGUUUGACCACCUGAGCUGGCGGAAGGGGGCUGAAGUGGACGUGAAGGGGAUGACAAAGCUGCUGGAAGGGCUGGGCUACGCGGUGGACACCCAUUGCAACUUAACUUCCCAGGAGAUGGCUACAGCCAUGAAGGAUUUUGCAGACCGCAAAGAGCACUGGACUUCUGACAGCACAUUCCUGGUCUUCAUGUCCCACGGGGUCAGGGCUGGGCUCUGCGGCACCAAGAGCAGAGACGAGACCACAGACAUCCUUUCCCUCGACACCAUCUAUGAAAAGUUCAACAACAAGCACUGCCAGGCGCUGCUGGGCAAACCCAAAGUGGUCAUUAUCCAGUCCUGCCGUGGAGGCAUCAUAGGAUCUGUGAUGGUGCAUGACUCCGCAGACCCUGCCAUGCCCACUCCCAGCUCAGCUCACACAAUCCCUGCAGGGCUGGAAGAUGAUGCAAAAUGUGAAGUCCACCUGGAGAGUGAUUUUGCCACUUUACAUUCCUCCACACCUGAUACUGUUUCCUGGAGAUGCCCAGUAAAUGGCUCCCUUUUCAUCCAGUGCCUGAUAGAGCAGUUUCGAAACCAUGCCUGUGACAGCGACUUGCAGGAGAUCUUCCGAAAGGUCCAACAUUCCUUUCGAAAAUUCCCUCGGCAGUUGCCAUCACAGGAACGGACUACAAUGCUCAGAAAGUUUUACCUCUUCCCAGGCCACUGAUCUGCCCAUGGUGAAAAAAUAAUACGUUGACAGCAAAAGUGUUUGAAUUUGGGAGUAACACAGCAGAAAGCUCAAGCUCAAGGUGAACGCAGCCCUGCUCCAGAGAGAUGCACCUCUUCAGAAAAGGAAAGGCCAAGAGGAAAAGCCAAGAACAGCUCUGUAGAAACACAGUGAACCUCCAAACCAGCCACUUGUUCCCCCUCUCCUAAGCAAUUACAAACAGACCUGGAAUAAAAUAGUCCUUGGCCUCCUG